UUGCAGCCCAUGGGAGUAUGCCAGCAGACCGUGACCGGUCGAUGAUCGAUGAACUUCGACAAAAAGUUGUUGAUCUAACAGAGCAGCUAGGACAAGAAAGGGUUAAAGUCAAACAAGUCCACCAUGACAAAGUUAUAGAGGUACGCCAUGCUCGGGAGCAAGAACAAGUAAAAUGCGAGAAAGAGAAGAUCACACUCAAGAAAAAAUAUUUGAAGGAGAAAAAUGAUGCUGUUAAUAAAAUCCUCGAGAACCUGAAAAAGAAAGACAGAGGAAUUGGCGAAGUUUUAAAUCAAAAGGAUGACGAGAUCAGAGUGCUGCAGGCAGAGCUUCAAGUCUUACAGACAGAAAAUGAUUCCGGCAGCCAUACCUCCUUGACCAACGAACAAGAAUCUGCUUAUAUUUCCGAGCUCCGGGAUCAGUUUGAGACUGAGAAAGCGCGGCUCAUGCAGAGUAUGUUUGAGCUGCGGACAGAGAAAGUGCGCCUGGAGGAAGAACUAGAUAUUAUCAAGGAUAGUGACCGUGAGAAAGCUAUACAGUUGAGACAAAUGCACGAUCAACAUCAGAGGGAGCUGUCUAAAAUCAAGAGAUCUUCAACGGUUGAGAACAGAAAACAGUUGGACGAGCUGAGACAAGUUGAGCGACGAGUAAUGGACAAGGAAAAAGAGCUGUCUCGGAAGAGCAAGCGAAUGUCUCAGAUCGAGGUGACGAAGGAAGAGCUGCAGGAAAAGCUGAACGAACAGAAAUUAAGUGAGAGGAUCAACCUCAGUAUGAGUAUGAUCGAUCUGAACUCCUCCUUCAGCCCGCAGCACACUCCUCCUGUCAUCAAACCGCGGGGGAGCGCCAGGAGCGCCAGCGGGAAUCUCGCGCGCUCCUCCUCCUCCACCUUCUCAUACGGACGACUAAGUCGCACCAGCAGUAGCUCCUCAGUUUCCUCAGCUCGCAAGUCUCAUGCUACCACUCCGUCCAGCCCCAACGCUGGGGCACGACCCCCUAGUUUCGGGCCCGUCAGGGUCGAGAGAAAGAGUCAAGAAGAGCGAGAGAAGGGAUUUCAGCAGAGAAACACUGAGCUGCAGGCCCGAAUUAAGCAGCUUGAAGAGAAAAUUAACAGUUUAAACUCUGAGAAUGAAUCCCUCAAAAAGCAAAGUGGAGGACAGGACGGCAAAAAGAGACGGGUUUCACUGUCUACUAUCUGUGCUAAUUUGGAGGAGAAAAACAAGGAACUCUCAAAACAGAACCAGGACUUGCUGACCCAGUUAGACGAACUAAAAGAAUCUGCUGAACUAUCGGUGGACGGCAAAGCUUUAGCUGAGAAACUGCGAAUCCAAGAAAAGGAGAAAUUGUUGGUUGAGAGAACAUUAGCCCAGAUUCUAACACAAAGCAACAUCAAGCUCCCCAAGGACAUUCGACUAUCCUCUAAGGAGAAUAUCGAGAAUCAAGCUCUGCAAAUGGAGCUGAACGAGGCUUGGCAGAACGACGAUAACGAUUCACAGGAUGCUCAGUUGGUCGAAGAGCUCAGAGCCAAGAUCUUGGAGCAGGAGCAAGAUUAUAAGAAGAUGGUGACAGAUACCAAACAAAAGGAAGAGGAACUUGAAAGCAGCAAUGUUCAGUUGAGCAAGGAGCUUAGUGCGCUCAAAGCAAACCAAGUACAGUUAGCUGAACAGCUCAACUCUACCAAAGCCGUGAUGAAGAACCUCAAGGCUGAGAACGAGCAGUUCAAACAAUCCACCGCUCGCAUCCAGAGUGAAUACGAACAACUUCAGCAAUCAUCUGCUCUUCUUGAAGCUGAGAUCGAGAAAUUAAAGCAGGCCCCAGCUAAACCUGUUCCUGAUCUAGACAAACAGCUUCGUGAGGCUCGUGAUCUCAAAAAUGAAAUUGAGAUGUUGAGAGCUGAAAAGCAGAAACUUCUGGACGGGGAGGCUUCUUCCAAACAGAAGAUCAAGCUACUUGAGGAAGUACAAAUGGAGCUCGUCAAGAAAGAAGAGAAGAAUAGUCGAUACUACGAUGACAUUACUCAGAAGUUUUCAUUAGUAACCAAAGAGCGGAACGAAUUGGCAAAAAGAGUUGAAGAGUAUGAAACCCAGAGGCGGUACGAAGCUGAGGAGAUGGCCUCCAUGUUAAACGAUCGGAACGAAUAUCUUGAGCAACUAGAAAAGGACAAAGAGUACCUCCGGAAAGAGUGCGAGAAUUACCGUCUCAGUAAUCUCAAAUUGGAGUCCAGACUCUCGAAGAUGGAGUCCAAACUGUCACCCAACAGUGCGGCUCUCAUUAACAAGAUCACCGAACUGGAGGAAACUACUGAGGUCGUGGAAGCGCUCAAGGUCUCCAACGAAGAUUUAAAGAAUCACAUUCGACAAUACGAAGCAGAAAAAGGUGCAAUGAAAAAGCAGCACAACGAAGAACUGCAGCGAGUAAUACGAACUCUGGACAAGAAGAACAAAGAACACAACCAAAAAUCCGAAGAGCUACGAUCUCAUAUCAAACGCUUGGAGUCGGAUCUCAGACAUCUCGAGACAUCCAAGAUGGAAAACAGCGGGAAUUUACAGAUAAAAUCGCAGGAACUUCAGCAAAUGUCAGAGUACGUGAGAAAGCUUGAAACCACCGAAAAUGACCUGCGGACGAAACUUGAGUUGUACCAGAAAACAACGCAAGAAGAGUUGGAGGGGCUGAAGGAGCGGAACAGAGAGUUAGAACUGAACACUAAGAAAAUGACGGACAUGCGACAAACCGAACGGGUGUUAAGACGGCACAUCAUCGAGAUUGACAAGGCUCGGGCAUCAGAGGCGAGGCAGCACCACAGGGCAAAGCUACAGCUAGAGGAUCUUAAGAAAAAGGCGGAGAGUACGGAAACUCAGCUGGCGAAGACUAAAGAGGUCGAUUCCUUGAUCCAGGAGGUUGUAAUGUUGCAAGCUUCCGAACAGAGACUCAAAUCUCAACUCGAAGAUAUCAGAAGCGGUAAAGAUUUGAAUCAGACAAUGAUAACAGAAUCUAAAUCAAAAGACGAUGAACUGCAUAAGUUGUACGAUCAGAUCAAGGACCUAAACAAGAAAUUGGACGGUUCCACGAACGUGUUCGAAGAGAAGAGCCGACUAGCGGAGCAGCUGGAGAAGCAGGAGACCGAGUACCGGAAUGUUACCAAGUCUCUCCGGGCAGAGGUUGCUAAGCUGGAGGUCCAGCUUCAGGAACGAGAGAAACAAGCUCUGGAGUUUAAGCAGCUUGUCUCCAGGCUUGAGCAGGAGAUAAAAGAGAUUUCGGACGAUCAAGAGAAGCGAGUCCUUUUGGAGAAGAUUGUACACCUUGAGGGGGAUCUAAGCUCGACCAAAUCUGAAAAUACCAAAUUGUCAACUCAAAUGGACAACGUUGCCAAGGGAUCCAUGGCUGCCGUGAAGAGUGUCGAGUUUACAGAUGGAGCUUUUGCAGAGGUUCACUCUGCCAUCGUGACGAAGAUCAAGGAGCAAGGGGACGAACUGAACUCUCUCAUGAAAAAUCUUAGGGCUCUUCUUAACUCGAGCAUUCAAAGUUCAGGUAACCAAAUGAGUGAAGAACAGCAGCAGAAAUACUUGCUUUUCAUGCAAAACCUUGAAACAAUUGGUUUCAUCGUCAAAGAGACCAUGUCACUCGAUCAAUUGCUCGAGAACCUCGAGAAGAUAUAUUCUAGAGAUCUCCAAGGACUGGAGAACAAUAAGAUAGAAGCCCUGUCGAAGGUUGAAGAUUUGAAAGCUUCAAUAGUUGAACUGAAGUUGACUGAGGUAGAUAACGAGUUUUCGACUUAUCCUGCUGCCUUAAGUUUGGAGUUGAGACAUUUGAACAACAAGCUGGCCCUAACUGAAGAGGAAAACAGGUCAAUUAAGAUGGAGUAUAAGGACAUGAGAGAUCAGCUGCAGCUAAAGAGAGACCAGGCUAUUCUCCUGGAGACAAGGCUGAACGAUUCUGAGCACAAACUGGCGGGCAGGAGCAAUAGAUCAAACGAGAUCAGAUCACAAGCUACCGUAGAUCAGGCUGAUGCCAGGCAUAAAUCUGUCAAAAACAAACUGUCCAGCGAGAUAUCAAUGUUGGAAAGCUCACUUGCCACAGCGCACUCGACCAUCAAAACACUUCAAGCUCAACUUCCCGAGGGCGCUAGUGAUAGUAUUCUAAUCAAACAGGUACAAGAGACACAGGAGAAGAUGUUAGCGAUGCAGGCAGAGUAUCGCAAACAGAUUGACAACCUCGAAGUGAAUCUGUCGACUACAAAUGCUACUCUGUUGAGAAGGGAGAACGAGAUUAAGAUGCUGCGAGAGGGGGUGUCUCAUUUGGAGAGCAGAUUAGAACGAGCUGCCUUGGCCAAGGAGCAGGACAUGGCAGCAGUAAAGCUGGAGAAAGAAAAACACAUCCUCGCUAACCAGAAACUAGAGACCCAAAACAUCGAGCUGGUUACGCUUUGCGAGACGAUCAAGGGGGACUUCGAGAAGCAGUCAUUAACAACAAAAGAGCUUGAGGAUCUGAAGAACAAGCUCCAGCACGACCUGGAGCUGAAUCAGCAAGAGGCCAAAAUGAGUCGGGAUAAAGUGAAGGUUCUGGAGGAUAAGUUAGCGUCGUUGAGAGACGAGGCUGCUUCUCACAGCUCCCCUGAUGCACUUCUCCAAAGUAAGGAGGAACAGAUAAACGACCUGGAGGAGAAACUCAACGAACAGUCUGAGAAAUCACAGGGAGAAAUAUCCAGUCUGAAAUCACAAAUCUGGCAACUCCAGACUGAUGUGUCAUCAGAGAGAGCAGCUAAGAAAGCAGUCGAUGCUAGGCUCUCAGAAUUGAAACUCAAGCUGGAAACCUCAAACUCAAGCUAUGAAAAAGAGUUGGAAACAAGCAAAGAGAACAUGAACUCAUACCGAAUGAAGUAUAACGAGUUAGCCCAGAGUACUAAGGAGAUGAACGAAAUAAGUGACGACCUGACAAAGAAAGUCAGACAAUUAGAAUUUGAAGUGGAGAGUAAAACAAACGAGAUCCGAGACCUCCGAGAGCAUUGUAACGAGCUGGACAAAACAGUGAAACAGCGCAACUUGGAGAUAGAGAGACUGAUCAAGAAGACAGAAGAACUAGACAAGGAACUGUCCGUUAGGAGGAACGCUACUGAUGUCAAUGGGGAGCUGUCCGAGCUGCUACUCAAUAAGGACAACCAUAUUCAGGAAAUCGAGGUUAAACUGCAGAAGAGUGUUGGAGAAGUUAUAGCCGCGAAAUCUGAAGUGGCUGAGCUAAAGAAAAAGAUAGGAACCUUGGAAGAAAGGAGAAGAAACCAAACGGAAGAGAGCAAGAAGUUACAAAACGAGGCUGAACGAGAAAGCAAGAAAGAUCGGGAGUUAUUACACGAAAAGAACAACACUCUAAACAGAGAAAUAACUAGGUUGACAGCGAUGCUUUCUCAGAAUAUCGGCCAAGAAAAUAACGCUCCGGUGGACAAUACUGUUCUGGAUAGGAUGACUAAAAUGGAGACUGAACUUAACGAGGUAUCCAAGAAAUAUAGAGGUUCUGCCAGUGUUUUGGAGGAGAAGCAAGAAGAACUAAAGGUUCAGAAGGACGAGAUAAAACUCCUCCGCAUGACAGUCGAGAGUUAUGACUCUAAAGUCAACGAGCAAACGGAUCUGAUCAAUAAAUUACAAAAAGAACUUACCAAUGUCAAAGGGACCCUAGCAGUAUCCCUCCUUGACGAGAUCCAGCAAGCCACCGCUUCCCUUCCCCCUCAACUUGAAAAGGUACCGAGUAUCAUGCUGGGAGAUGAUGACGUCAGCAACGCACUUAGGACUAUAGACGAGGCUAACAGUACCAGUACUCUUCAGAGAACUGCUACUGCUGAGAGCGAAGCUAGGUACUACGUCGCCCUGUCUGACUACGAAGCUCCCGAGGGUUCGCAACAGACAUCAGUGAAGGAAGGAGACAUUGUUAUAGUUCUGAGUGAGGAGAGAAUGGGUUUUAUAUGGCUGAAGUGGAGGGAAAUAAGGGACUGGUUCCUGUUGGCUAUGUCGGCGAAUACAACCCUAAACACCCUGGAUCAGCUCUGCCGCUAGAAGCGUACAAGUUGAAUGCUGUAUCUGAUGACGAACUCGAAGGUGGCGGUUUAGCGCCCCCAGUCGCCCCCUCCGCUGCCUGGCUCCCUAACUCGUGCAUUUGUCUCACCUGGGAUCCUCCUGCUAUGGUGGACGGCAAGAAUCACGGCAUCGCCAUCGCUGGAUACAAGGUGUAUGUAUCUGGUAAAGAGAAGACGAUAGUAUUUGGGUGUGAAUCACGGGAGAUAGUGUUGGAAAACAUGAGCACAACCAGCCUGGGUGACAUCAAGAUUGUGACUAUCGGGGCCGAUAAACAGGAGAGCUCGCCUACUCCAGUAACUCUUCCUAAACCUCCAGAGAAAGCAGAGAUACUCAAGGCGGUGCACGCCCAAAACACUAGUAUCGACACGAGUGCCCAGUACGUUGUGGCACUUUAUACCUACGAUCCGGAUCUAGACAGCCCCAACGAGUUCCCGGAGCUAGAACUCGGCUUUGUAGAAGGAGACCUCAUUAGGAAAGUAGGAGACACCAUGCCUGACGGAUUCUUCAAAGGUGAAAUGUACGGCAGAACAGGGCUGGUACCCUCCAACUUUGUCCAGUUGAUCCUGGACCAAGAGGGAAGUCUUGAUGUCACCGGUGAGGACGUUUCAGCUGGUGGUUCUUACCGUCACAAGUAUAUAGCGCUCUACGAUUACGAUCCUAUGACCCAGUCUCCAAAUGACAACCCGGAAACGGAACUUGCCUUCUGUGAAGGCGAUUUGAUUGAUAUUACUGGUGCUAUGGAUGAGGACCAGUACUAUCCAGCUGAACUGAACGGAAAGUCCGGUCUUGUACCCAGCAACUUCGUGGAGAGUCUCAAAGAACAUUCCCGAUCAAAAGAAGCAGACACGCUGGUCCGGGAAGACAGCACAGAGGCUACCAUAGCGACAAUGUUAGCACAGGCUGCUGAAAAUGUAUCCCAGAGGGAUCCCCUUAAGAAAAACGUCCCUAGCUCCUCCGAGUUGGAUGUUAGAAAUACCAUGUCUGUCAGGACUAGAUGGCAUCAGAGAUACCCCAAUGUUUAUUAAUCAUUCUCUUUUAUCACAUCUAUAAUUAACUAUUUGUGUUUUUACUUAUUUAAUAUUGGCUGAGCGAAGGUGUUGUAUUUGAAGGAGGUUUCCAGAUAUACGUUUGGACAGUUCUGUUUUUAAGCUUGCGUGCAGAUUUUUACUUUGGUUUCGACUUCAUGCUAUUUGCUUUUUCAAUAAUAUUUAUUCACAAUAUGUACAUAAAAUGUGAUAUUUUAUCAAACAUACUUAUAAUUGUAAUAUUAUAUAUUGGUCUUUAAUUUGUUAUUUUUCCGAACCAUUCGCCUUAAAUUUCCGAUUUUUCUGGGGUUAAAGACUUGGUACGUACUAAGCUAUGUAAAUGUCCGUGUAAAUGUAUACUAUCUACAUGUUCGUACCGUCAGUUUACCUUUCUUUUAUCUAUAAAAGCAUUGCAGCCUGUGAAAUUGAAAACAAAAACGUGUUCAUAUAUAAAUACUUGCAGAAUACCUCUUGUAGUUGUAAUCUGAAUUAUUGUGAUCAUUUCUCUAAAGCUAUGUGAUAAUGUGGUGAUCUAUUGUGUCGGUUCAAUCUUUUACAGCCCUUUUAUAUUGUGGCUUGUUUAGCAUAUUUGAUAUUUCCUAUCUAAUCAUUAACUAAUGAUUAAGCGAGUUGAACUCUUCUAAAGCAAGUUGAACUAUUCUAACUGUCAGCAAAUUAGAUAAAAUGGUUUCUUAAUCAUUUGAUCCUAACUCAUUUCCCCUCAGUAAAUCGAACUCAAAGGGGAGCCUCACUGAUUCAAACUCAAAGAAGAAGAAGAAGAGCCGCCUCAAUGUUUUCAAAAAAUUGAGGAAAAGCCGGGAAGAUGUUUCGAAAGGUGAAAGCUGAGAGUCAAGUCAGUACCGGACGUAGAUCGAGGCUCGAUCAAUAUAAAAACUGAUAGAAUUACCUUACCUUUCAGUCUUUUCAUUUUUCUAACCUUUUACUUCUUUGUUACCUGUGGAGUGACUUUUUAACCACACAUGUAUAGCCCGCUAAAUUUACUCCGCGUAUUACGAGACAAAUUGGGAAUACUUCUGAGUGUAAAUGUGUACCAAUUAUCUGUUUCUUGACAUAUUUACUAUAUAGGGUUAGGAAAUUGAAUGAGAUAAAGAAAUAGUCAUUCGUAAGAGAUAUGCAAAUGUAUGGCUUCGGAGAUAUGCAUGAAACCUAGAAACUAUUUUAUCUAGACCUAAAUUCAAGGAUCACAAUUGAGAUAGGAUGUUUUAUCUAGAUUACAUAGGAAAAUUUCUGAAAAUUUGCGAUCGGUAGAUCCAUGUAUUAAGUAUUUAGAUGUUUUUGAUUUCGUUUGUUUUUGGAGAUAGAUUUUACAUUGCAUCAAAACAGUUUAGCUUCCAAAUCACAAAUUAACAAUUUUUAGAUGUUUAUAGAAUCUAUCUUCAUAUUAAGUCAGAGUGUUUACAGUUUUAAUUUUACGGGAAUUUAUAUUUGAUUUGUGUACAGUCUUUGUGAAACUUUUUCAUUUCGUGUUUUAACUUUGUGAAUGUCGUCGAUUUGAAUUUUAAUCUUGAUCUUGUUGAAUAUUUUUUAUUUGUGGAUUACCUACCAAACGUUUUGAGUCACGUCAAGCAUGUUCAACCUCGAGUUUAUUAUAUUACUCAUGAAUAAAGUAAAAAGUUGUAAAGCGUAAUCGUAUUUAAAAUCAUGCACUGAAUAAAGUAAAUUCUUUAAUGUAUUUAAUCAUCAUUAUUCAUUUCAUCUUUGAAAAUCAUCUUGUGUUAAACGUAUUUAUUUUUGUGAAAUUAAUGAACAAUUUAAGUUUGAAUUGUUGCCACUUUUGAUUGAGAAGAAAGAGAUUGUGCUUAGUGCUAUGUCUUUAAGUUUUAAAAUAUUAUCGUAUUUGAAUUCAAUAUUAUAUCAAAUAUUUAUUACUAAUAGAUGAUAGAAAUGCUUACAUUUACAAUCU